CAGACCCCGUGAUCCUGUGUUAGGACAUAGUGGGUUGGAUAAUGACCGACUGACAUUUUUUUCUAGAAUGCAUGAUUUAUGUUUCAUAAUUCUAGAUUUAUGGAAUCAAAACUCCAGCCCAGAUGCACCGAAUCAUUACCUGAGAACGAGUCGUAUGAUUCUCGUUCACUUGAGAUUGUGUAAUGUAACGUCUUAUUUUGAUUAUGCAUCUUAACUAUGUAGUCAUGCUUUGCGUGUUUAAAUAGGCCAAUGUCAAGAAUUAUUGUCUUAAAUAUAUGUUUCAUAAACAUACGCGCACACUGGCUAAAUAUGCGCAAUAUAGCAGGUACCAUGGAAAAUCCAAAUAAGUAGGUGAUGCAUAAAUAGUCAACUUUUGCCUCAUCGCACAUAUAACAUUUUUUGUUUGUGUUGCGAACAGAGGGGUCCCCACGCCCCGGAGUUUACGUUUGCGCCAGCGUCUAAUCCUAAAAAUGAAUCGAUUCACAUUAACGAGUAGUUCAAAAAAAUCUGGUAUAUUUUGAAUUAGGAUUUAAAAUAAAGUUGUCAUAAACCAGAUACGAACAGCAGGGGGAGCGAAAAGCGAUAGAUAGUAAAUGUGAGUAAUAGUGACGGGUGUCUUUUGUAAAAGUUCUCUUUCAUGUGUUUUAAUAAAUCCAAAGCCUUUGUGAGUUCAGUUCACGCUGAAUCUUUUACGGAAGCGAAGUGAACCAAAGCGGCCUUCACUAAGUACAAGGUAACCGGAUUUUUCAUGGGACUGUUAAUUUUUUUUACUACAAAUACUGCAUGUAGUGCAUAGCAGAAAUCGCCCUCGACUGGGUGCCAGAUUCUCGCAUAUUCCGUUACAUACCAACACACAACCAUACCGGCCCAGGUUUGUGUAUCACAUGUAAGUAGCAGGGAUGCAAGUACCAGCUGAUAAAAGUACGCAGAGACUGGAACACGACAAUUUUAACAACAUACAAAAAAGCGGCAAAAUGAUCUUCAGUCAUACGCCGGACAGCACUGUAUUGAUAUUGCUCGUAUUGUUUUCAUUAUAAAUAAAGUUGUUUGAAACAAGGCGCGCGCAGUUUGUCUGGAAGUCGAAAAUAAUAAACACGCCCAUUUUACUCCGGUCUGCUGCAAUAUCUACUUGUAGCCCGAAGCCUCAGCCGGUCCGGGAAGUAAACGGUGGCAAAGACGCGGGUGUCAUUCAAAUUAUAAGAAUAUAUGAUGGAUUGGUUCCACUGCAACAAGUGCUUCAAGACAGAGGGAAAUACAUUUUAUGUGUCCAGCUGUAGUCACAUCUGCUGUGAGGCUUGCAUCUCUAAAGACAUCUGCUGUAUAUGUGGAACUGCCUGCAGAUACCUUCAGCUGUCUAACAAUCUUAAAACACAAGAAAGGGUAUACUUCAUGAACCCUGUUGAAAUGGGGAAAAAACAGUUUGAGAAAAUUACACAGGUGUCAAUUUUCCAGAGGCAACAGAUUGAUCGAGUUUUGACAUUCUUCAAGCAAAAGUCUUCUAAACUUGAAGCAAAGCUCACUGAGGUUUGCAAGCACAAUUGCCAUCUGGAAAGACAACUAGAAGAUCUAAAAAAAGAAAACUGUGAACUGAGAGUAAUUUUGUCCCAGAAUAAGAUGUCAGCAAGUGUUUUAGAGUCUGGAAGAUUUAGCAAAAUUCUAAAACCUAUUGCUAUCACAUCACCAACACCAGUGACACCAAUAAGGAGCAGUUAUCAAGUCAGUCGCUCCUACUCAGAGGAAUCUCUUGAGAGGCACUUCCAAAAUAGGCCAACAAAUAUGCAGACACCAGGCAGCUCCAUGUUGUCAGGAAGUAGCAGCACUUAUGACUUAAGGACUCCAAAUACUGUUUCAGGCAGAGAUGCUAAUUUCGGCAUGUCUCCUUCUGUUAAUCUGCUUGCAUUUGACAUGAUUUCUCGGCUUCAGCAAAGAAGAGAAUAAUCUGGAGACAGCAUUCAACAAUGGGAGAACACAAAGUAUCUAAUGUGAUUACCAGCUUUACGUCUUGUAUCAGAAGGAAAUAUCACCAAAUACGGAGAUCCCAGGAACAAUAAGCAUGCCUGAGUUAUUAUUUCCUUCCAUGUACUGUACACAUCACUUCUCCCCACUUAAUUGUGAGGUUUUUGUGAAGCCACAAACCUCAAUCAAGAAGAAUGUUUAAAUUUUAUACCACUUGCUAAUUCUAGUUUUCUUUUAUUGCAGUUGUAGUUUUCACAAUGUAGUUAUGCACUUAAAAAUGUUAUUCUGACUUUAGAAGAGUGUCAUCUCAAAGUUUGCUUGAUUGGAGAAAUGAAAAUAAAUAGUUAUAUACAUGUACUACUUUACAGUAUGUUUUGUUUUAUUAACGUUUACAUAGAUUUGGCAUUACCAAUAUGAAAGAGUGAAGGUUUGUACUCUUAAAUUUAUAAAACACCCCUUGUGCAUUUAACACAUUUAGUAUCUUGUCUUUAUUGUAAAACUUUAAAUAUUUUUAAAAUUGAAAUAUAUUUUGGUACUACAUUCUGUCAGAAAGGAUGCUGAUUCUAAUUAAGCAAGCUGAAAGCAAUAGGUUUUUCUUUCUUUCUUUCUUUCUUUCUUUCUUUCU